AAGUAUUGCCGGUUUGCUUUGUCAGGAUACAGCUAGGAUAAAUACAGCAGGGACUGGAACGUACUUGGAUACCUGUAUGAUGGUGUGGAGCUUAAAUAAUCUCCCCUCACAGCAACAAGGGUGGGGUGGGGACAGAAAGACACACACACACAAAGAACAUAUUGGGAUCAAUAGGUAAGAGAAUCCCUUGCAGGACUGGAAAUGGUGACUGAAGUGGCUGCUAAGGGAUAAGAGAUGCAGAGGCUAUGCUGUACCCUUGGCUGAUUUUGCAGCACUUAAGCCUGCAGUCCUUGCUGAUUGCUGCAGCAGCCCCCGCAGUUUAGCUUGUGACCAGAAAGUGAGGUUGUUAAGGGAUACCAAGCACCAAAAAUAGAAAAGAUUGUAGAGAUGAGAAAUAGCUUGUUUUCCUGUAGAGAGAGAGAGCCCAAUGGAGCCACACAUUGGCUUGUUUGAAGAGGGGUUUGGGUUGAUAAGGGGAUUCUCUUACAUAUUCUGCUCUCUGUUGAAGCAGUAUAAGCCCUGUAGAGCCAUUCUAGGUUAUUCAGAAAUAAUUCUGAUGUCAGCAGAAAGCUCAACCAUCACAGUUCGUCUUGUUCGUUCUUUUGAACACCGGAAUUUCAGACCUGUGGUGUAUCAUGGAGUUAACUUGGAUCAGACAGUAAAGCAGUUCAUUACUUUUGUGCGGAAUGAUGUGUCUUCAAGAACAGGUCUUCCUCCUCCUUUUAAAAAUUACAAGUAUGAUACAAUGAAGAUUAUUCACCAAGCACACAAGUCUAAGACUGGUGAACUUGUAGUGAGUUUGGAAGAUGAUGACAAACUGAUUUUGAAAGAAGACAGUACGCUGAAAGCAGCUGGAAUAGCAAAUGAGACUGAAUUAGCAUUCUUCUGUGAGGAAGAUUACAGAAACUACAAAGCUAAUCCUGUUUUGGCCUGGUGAAGAUCCCGAGAGAUUGUUUUGUUUUCCCAUACCUGUUGUAAAUUUUCCUUAUUCUGCUUAAUGAGAUUUUUCUUAAAGAUCAAUAAAUCCUAGAGGAUUGCUUUGCAAACAGUGCAAUUCCCUUCCUAUAGAAAUUAAUUUCUGCCAAUAUGCUGAGAGAAAAGGAAAACUGGGGGACUUUUUUUCUUUCUCACAUUUCUUUUUUCUUUGCUUGCCUCAGGAUGCAGGCAGUGCAAUUUCUGACCUGUGACACGUUCUUUCUGUGAUCCUACAGCAGAUGUUAGCUACAUAUGGAGUUUAUAUAGUACACAGUAAGGUUUCAUCACAGUACUGACAUCUAAUGAAAAUUGAAACGUUUUGCAACCAAAUCACUGGGUGUUUUAGAGAGCUUGAGAAGAGACUCUCCCUGUUUCAAGUCAGAGCUUUACUCCUCACAUUUUAUGUUUGGUCUCUUUUGUUUAAAUAGUGCAGACUGGCAAGUGUUCCAUGCUCUUCACUGGUGAAUGCUUUCUUUGAUACUUUCAGUCCUCUUUAGCAUGCUGAAAGGGACAAAUGACUGUUGGGAGGCUUUUGUGUUCAAGGACCAGCUUGCCUGUUUCUAACUUUACUUCAUGGAGACACCUUCAUGUAAGAGGUAUCAACCUGAGCAGUGCCAAGCCAUCAGUGUACAUAAGCAGGAACUGGGCAUUCUUCCAAAGGGAGUGAAAUCUCAUGGUUUCAGUUUUAAGAAUAGAAGCUGAAUGCACUGUUGUGAGUAGAGGCACAGUCUGUGAGCCACAUGUCUUGAAGACUGGAAUUGAUUCUUUUCUGCUUUCCAUGAGCCAAAAUCUGUUCCUGGUAAUUCCAGGCUUUCCUACUACAUUAACCAAAUAAAAAAAAAGAAAGAGACCAAACAUGCAUUCAGUAAAGCACCUUUGGAUAGAUACUGCUUAUAAAACUGGGGUUUAGAAGGUACCAGGAUGGGACACUGUACCUUAAGGCUCUCUUCACCAAAGCAGAAGUGAUGCUGGCUCUCUGCCUUAGCAGGCUUUUUGGGCAUAGGCUCUGCUGGAUCAAACAAGACCUCAGGUACAAUUGCUUUAGAUGCCCACAUCUACACUCAGCUGUGGGUGACAGCUGACAACACCAUUUCCACAAGAGACUUUCCAUAGAAGUAAGCUUACAGUUUCCUAGAGCUUUAUUUUUUUUUGACAUGUGAUAGCAAAAGCAGAUAUGUGAUUUCCAAGGUAUCUACAUAAAAGUUCUCUUUACGUCAGAUGUAGGGCUAAAGAAACCUCUAUGUACUGUUCCCACCUAAUUUUCUUCAUCCUUCCUGAAAACUUGCUGGUUUAGGCUGGUUUUGGUAGCUAGUGUUACUCACCAACAACAGCUUCAAAUAGAGUUUUAUUGUGUUGUGAAAGUAGUGUACCACUUUGUCAUCUGCAAUUAAAUGGAUGAGUGUAUCUCUGUCUUGUGAUAGGAGUCAUGUAUCACUGUUCUCUUGGGAUUUAGAUGCUGUUAUGCAUGCGCUGAUGAAUUUGUGAGGAGAACUUACCACUUGCCUCCUCUUUCUGUCCAGGCUGCCUUUCUAUUGCUGUACCUGCCCCCAUACAUGGGCCCAUGUCUCACUCAACUUCUUAGUCUGUCAUGUUUUCAGAUUGAUUAGGCUAAUACAAGUUUGUACUCGUCUUCUCAGGUGCUUUCACUCAGUUUAAGCUAAUUCAUUGUGCUCCAGAGUAUACCAGCCUUGUUCUGCUGAAUUUACAAUGAUGAAGGUAACUUUGUAAGAAGUAGAUGGCAUACUGGAGAGAUCGACGUCUCAGAUUGUCCUGUCAAGGCAUCUAGGUGACAUCUGUGAGCACACUCAGGCUCUAAGACUGAGCAAACACUGUCAUUCUUUUUCUCCUGUUCUGGGGAUUUGAAUUUGGUCUCCUGCCCUUUCAGACAGAUUUAGAUUGGUUUUUUCAAUCCCUUUUCUCUAAGACAUUUGUGUUUGAAAGAGUCACCCAAUUUUAAAAAUUAUCCUUUCUGGGCUAGUACAGCUACAAAUGUUCAGUGCCACAUCGAGCGUGUCACAGUGAAAGAGCAAUUCUACAGCAUCAACAAAAUGGUAAAUGUAUUAAUGCAAAUAUUCAAGAAUUAUGUGCCUGGACUCCAGAUUAGCUUAUCUUUCCAAGGGAAGAGUUAAACUACUGCUUUGUGAGCUCAGCUCACCCUGGCAAUGGCACUUUGUUGGCUCCUUUCUGCAGCAGCACAGUAGAGCCUUUUGUAGUGCUCUCAAUGGCCAUACUUGUAAACUGUUUUCUUCCUGAAGUGUUUUUUACUGGUUUGGGGGGUUUUUUUGUUUUGUUUUUGGUUUUUUGUUUUGUUUUAAUUAUAUUUAGCUUUUAAUAAUGCUUCUUUCAAAUAACCCCACAAAACUAUAGAUAAUAACUAAGAAUUUGUUAAGAUAGAUGCUGUUCCAACAUUUUUUGGUGGGAUAUGGUAUAUAACCUUGUGUCAAAAUAGGUUUUAUUCCAGGAUUGUUGAAUACUGAAUGAAAUCUGUGAACACUGGCUAAUAAAUUACUAAAGACUGA